AUGGACCCUUCGCAGAAUCAGCGUCGGAAGCAUCGUCAGCUCACGUCCCCUCCGAUAAUGGGACUUUGGGCGGGCGCUCUCACAUGGAUUGCAUUCACCACAGCUGGGAUGGCGGUGUCGGCUCGCUAUGCUAAGUAUUCCUACACGUCUCAAGCUGAUUUCCUGCGGAAUGUGGAUCACUACGAAACGACGAUACCGCAGAGGGUCGACCACAACGGAGCGCCGGUCCCUCCGCCCGAGAGGAACGACGGCCGGGCCCGGCCCAGGAGGAGCGUGGACGGGCUGCGGACAGGCGACGGGCACGGCGACGCGGCGCAGGUCUACUACCGGCUCGCCGCCUACGGGCGUCAGCUCCACCUCAACCUGAGCCUGAACGCGGCGCUCGUGUCGCGGGCCUUCUCCGUCGAGUACUGGGGCCGCCGCGGCCUCGACUGGCGCCACAACUACGUCUCCGACUGCCACUACACGGGCCACCUGCAGGGCCGCCAGGGCACCACCCGCGUCGCACUCAGCAACUGCAACGGCCUGCACGGGGUGAUCGUGGCGGACGGAGAGGAGUUCUUUAUCGAACCGCUGCGGAACGCCACCUCCAGCUCGCCGUCGUCGCCGUCGUCGCGGCGAGCGCGGCGCGGGCGGCACGAUGGGGCGGGGCGGGUGGGGGAGGUGGAGGAGGUGGAGGAGAGGCCGCACCUCGUCUUCAAGCGCUCGGCCGUGCGGCUGCACCGCAAGCACGGGGAGGAGGAGGCGGCGUGCGGCGUAGGGGCGAAGUCCUGGACGGGAGGCAGCGGCCGGCGGAAAGGGGCCAAAGCGCCGGCACGGCAGCGCGGGGCGUGGUGGUGGCGGCCGCCGCUGGCGGCGUCGUCGGCGGCCCAGCGCGGGCGCCGCUCGGUGAGCGUGGAGCGCACCGUGGAGACGCUGGUGGUGGCCGACAAGCUCAUGGUGGGCUUCCACGGGCGCCGGGACAUUGAGGACUACCUGCUCACCAUCAUGAACAUCGUCGCCAAACUCUUCCACGAUUCCAGCCUUGGCAAUGCCGUGAGCAUCAUGGUCACUCGGCUGAUCCUCCUCACGGAAGAGCAGCCGAACCUGGAGUUGAGUCACCACGCUGACAAAUCCCUGGACAGCUUCUGCCGCUGGCAGAAGGGGAUGAACACGCGCGCCGCACAGGGCGACUCGCUGCCGGACAACGGCCUCGCGCACCACGACAACGCCGUGCUCAUGACGCGGUACGACAUCUGCACCUACAAGAACAAGCCGUGCGGCACACUGGGCCUGGCGCCGGUGAGCGGGAUGUGCGAGCCGGAGCGCAGCUGCAGCAUCAACGAGGACCUGGGCCUCGCGUCGGCGUUCACCAUCGCCCACGAGAUGGGCCACAAUUUCGGGAUGAACCACGACGGCACGGGGAACGCGUGCGGCACGCGCGGCGGCCGCGAGGCUGCCAAGAUCAUGGCGGCGCAGCUGACGUCGGCGACGAGCCCCUUCUCCUGGUCGUCGUGCAGCCGCGACUACAUCACCUCCUUCCUCGACUCGGGACGCGCGAGCUGCCUGGACAACUCCCCGCCCAAGCGCGACUUCGUGUACCCGACGUCGCUGCCGGGCCGGCGGCACGACGCCGACGAGCAGUGCCGCUUCCAGUACGGCCCGUCGUCGCGCCAGUGCAAGUACGGGGAAGUUUGCCGAGAGCUCUGGUGCAUCAGCCGCAGCAACCGCUGCAUCACCAACAGCAUCCCGGCAGCCGAGGGCACCCAGUGCCAGACGGACAGCGUCACCAAGGGGUGGUGCUACCAGGGGGAGUGCGUGCCGCUGGGCACCGCGCCGGAGCGCGUGGACGGCGCCUGGGGCCUCUGGUCCCCCUGGGGGGACUGCAGCCGCAGCUGCGGAGGAGGGGUCUCCUCCUCGUUCCGGCACUGCGACAACCCCGUGCCGGCUCAUGGAGGGAAGUACUGCCUGGGGGAGCGCAAGCGCUACCGCUCGUGCAACGUGGAGGAUUGCCCCGAGGGCUCCCAGGACUUCCGUGAGAAGCAGUGUUCCGACUUCGACAGCGUUCCCUUCCGGGGGAAGUACUACACCUGGAAGCCGUACUCCGGAGCGCAGGUGAAGCCCUGUGCGCUCAGCUGCCUGGCGGACGGCUACCACUUCUACACGGAGCGCGCGCCCGCCGUGGUGGACGGCACGCGCUGCCACGGCGACCCCGACUCGCUGGACAUCUGCGUCAACGGGGAGUGCCGCCACGUGGGCUGCGACCGGCGCCUGGGCUCCAGUGCGGUGGAGGACAAGUGCCGCGUGUGCGGCGGGGACGGCAGCACCUGCGAGACGGUGCACGGCGCCUUCAACGACUCCUUCCCCUGGAACGCGUACCACGAGGUGACACGCAUCCCCGCCGGCGCCGUGCACAUCCUCAUCCGCGAAGUCGCCGUGUCCAGAAACUACAUCGCAUUGAAAUCGGAGAGCGAGUAUUUCCUGAACGGAGCGUGGACCAUCGACUGGCCGCGGCGCUUCCAAGCCGGCGGGACGGUGUUCACGUACCGGCGCGAGGCCGACGAGCCGGAGAGCGUGGAGGGCCUGGGGCCAACCACCGAGCCACUCAUCGUCAUGGUUCUGCUGCAGGAGCAGAACAAGGGCGUGGAGUACAGCUACAACGUCCCGGCGAGCCGCCCCGGCCGUGUCGACUCGGCCGCCUUCAGCUGGCACCUCGCGCCGUGGUCGCCCUGCUCGGCCACCUGCGCCGGCGGGCUGCAGCAGCGCGAGGCGGCGUGCCGGCGCGUGGACGACGCCAGCGCGGUGCAGGGCAGCCACUGCGACGCCGACGCCAAACCCCGCGAGCCGCAGCGGCCGUGCAGCACCGAGCCCUGCCCCCCUGAGUGGCUGAUCGGCGAGUGGUCCGAGUGCAGCCGCACGUGCGACGGUGGCGCGCGCACGCGCACGGUGGCGUGCGUGCGCACCGUGGGGCCCGCCGAGCAGGAGGCACUGGACGCCGCACGCUGCCUCACCCACCGGCCGGCCGACCGAGAGCCGUGCGCUAACCGCACCUGCCCGCCGCGAUGGGUGGCGCAGGAGUGGUCUGAGUGCGCGCCGCGCUGCGGCCCGGGGUACAAGCACCGCGUGGUCCAGUGCAAGAGCAGCGACCUGAGCCGCGUGCUGGCGCCGUCGCAGUGCACCGAGGGCAGCAAGCCCGCCGCCCGCAUGCGAUGCUCACUCGCCAAGUGCCCGCCGCCACGCUGGGUGCCCGGUGACUGGGGCCCGUGCUCGGCGCAGUGCGGCGUGGGGCAGCAGAAGCGCAGCGUGACGUGCGUGUCGCACUCGGGACACCCGUCCGCCGAGUGCCCCGAGGCCCUGCGGCCGCCCCCCAUGCAGCAGUGCGAGGUCAAGUGUGACGGGGGGCCCGUCAACACCUCCGAGGAAUGCAAGGACGUGAACAAGGUUGCCUACUGCCCCCUCGUGCUCAAGUUCAAGUUCUGCGGCAGGGCCUACUUCCGGCAGAUGUGCUGCAAGACCUGCCAAGGGUACUGACGCUCGCCGCCGCCGCGGUAACAGCAGUAGGAGGAGCGGGGUUUUACCGGCCGGUCAUGUCCGGAGACCGGAGUCGCCUGUGUAGGGGGGCCGUCGUGGCGGGCGACCGAGCGGGCGGGCGGGCGGGCAGGCGGGCGAGAUGGAUGGAUGGAUGGAGAGAGCGAAGGGUGGGAAGGCCGUUCCGCUAAACCGUGUGGCGGCAUUUGGGAUUUCUCCACCGUCGUCACCACCGUCACCGCCACCACCGCCGCCGCCACCACCGCCGCCGCCACCACCGCCGCCACCGCCGAGUGGAAGGCCUCGUUUCUCCCGCCCCGACCGCGGUGCUUGCGGACGCUAGGCCAGGUGCUAAUUUUCAGGCCGAGUUCGCCCUGCAUCACCAGGGAUGAGGGGGAGAUGCUUCUGACCGAGCGGAGAAGCGAAUCGGUGACCCGUGCAGCGCGAAGAAAAGAAAAUACGUUUUGGAACGCGAGUUUGGAAGAUGCUGGAUUUUUUCCGAAUCUCCGGUGCGGACGGUGGGAGACACGGGGGGCGGUGGGGGGGGGCGUCGUCGCACGAGGCGCCGGGGCUUUCACCGAAACCGGCAGCACACGUUUUUGCGUCUCGUCGAGAAGCCGACGUGACGCGUGCGGUGGGGCACUCCGGAGGCCGGCCGGACCGCGACGUCGGCCGCGACUCUUCCGCUUGACGGAUUUCCGAACACGGGGAAAUGCGAAUGGACCGGACUCGGAUCGAACCUGGGGGGAGGAGCGAUCGUGCGAGUUCGCGAGUAAUAAUAAUGAUGAUGAUAAUGUAUUCCGCACAGCAGCACUUGAAUGACAAAGAGGACGGAUGUCGAAUGGAGGUGAAAUUUUACUUAACGCAAACAAAACACGCCAACCCGAGGCUUCACAUUGACCGCACGGUAGGCUCGGCGCGCCCUCGCGCGACGUGGAUCCCGGGUGCGGGGUGCUCCA